CGGACUGGAAUCCUCUGUCGACGGCACGUCCUUGCAGCAGCGCGACCCCCGCAGCCCUCGGCAGCCCUCCUCCUCCUCAUAGCGCCAUGGCCACCAGCCGCUUCGCGCCCUCCUGGUUCGUCCUCCUGGCCGUGGCAGUGCUGGCCCUCAGCUGGGUGGCCAGCGCACAGCCCACCGGCGAGAAGGAGCGGAUAAUCAACGAGCUGGACCUCAUGGACGACGACGGCAGCGUGGAGACGGCGCUCAUGAACUACCUGUUCGCCAAGCAGAUGGUCAACAAGCUGCGCAAGGAGAUGGACGUGACGGACCUGCAGCGCAAGCGCUCCUACUGGAAGCAGUGCGCCUUCAACGCCGUCUCCUGCUUCGGCAAAUAGAGCAUCGGCCCGUAGGCGCGUCCCUUUCCACCACCUCCAUUUUGUUCAAGUUUCGCCGAGGGAGAAACAACUUGAAUUUUGGUGUACGUUUUCCCUUGAAAUAACGUCGAAAUAACGGAAAAAUAAUUUAGAAAGAACGUGGAUAUGACGAGAAAAAAUUUGAUUUUGAAAUAAGAAUGUACACAAUUGUUCAAAGUUGUUUCGCCCCUCGUGUUUCACCUUUCUGUUCAACAAGAAAGAAAAUGGUAAAAAAGAAGAAAGAAACUAUAGUAUUACGCGGCGUGUUUUGUUAGACGGCUGGUCAGGCGCAUCUGGCGCGCUAGUCAUUAAGAUGUAUUUCAGUGUAAUAAUUCAGUUAACUAAGUUAAUUAAGGUGUAGAUAAGUGUCUUUAAACAGAACCUGGUUAAAUAGUGCCGCAGGAUUGUAAUUACCAUUCAUUAGUCUUUCAUUUUAAGUUAUUCAUCUCGGGAUUGCAAGAGUCACACCCUGGAGCGGGGCCAUUAAAUCACUUGCCUUUACUGAA